CUUGCGCAAAGUUUGCCAUUGCUCUCGCUCUCCCUCUCUCUCUCUGCCUUUACAAGCAACACACCAACACUAGCCAAAGAGAACCAUGUGCAAGUCUAGCCAACCACAAGGAAGCAGCGAGGCGGCCCCGGUAGCGAUGGAGGUCCCGACGAACGACUUAUAUGACCUCGCCAAAGCGUGUGCCAUACCGGACAACGAGCAACCGCACCAAGAAGUUAUCGCACACGACGAGGCCAGCGGGAUCGUCGUGUUCGGCUCGUUCGUUGCAGGUGCAUUGGUGGGGAUAGUGAUUUGCGCACCUGCUUUUGUGGUGCUACUCUUCGGGGCAGGCGCGGCGGCCGUGACUAAGUCAGACAGCAAGGUUGGCAAGUUUUCCCGCAAAGUGGGCAAGGUGUCCUCCGACGUCCUUCUUGCCGUGCUCAGGUUCGCCAGGGAGUACAAUCACAAGCACAAGUUGACGCACAAGGCGAAGGUAGGUGCGAAAGAAGCGGCGGGGAAGGUGACCGACAAGGUGCGGAAGCUCGGCAUCGUCGACAACGUUAAGGCCAGGGCAAGCUCCCUUUGGGAUCAAGUCGACAAGCGGACUGCUCCUGCUGGUCAGGCUUCUAUUCAGGUAGCACAAGCGCAAGACCUGAGCCACGUUACCGACGGCACCCGGAUUCCUUUCGAUGGUGCCACGGAUGCGCACGUAAUAGAUUCAUCUUCCUCUUCGUCCUCCAACGGCGGGAAGCCCAAGUCCUUCGAUGCCUGAGCUUCAUCGCGCCACAGCUUCCACCAAGCACCGGACAUGUUCCCCCACCGAAGGGCGGUGAUAGAGUAGGCUGUAUGCUGUCACCCCGAUUGCAACAGCUGACGAUCUUGGCUAUAGCUGUGCGUCUCGCGCUAUACCUUUGAGCGUUCUGUUUUGUACAUACGACUAAGAAGCUUUCUAGGGCGGUCAAGCCCUUUGGGGGCCUCCUUUUUCAGUAGGAAGGACUGAUGCUGUACGCACAAAGCGCGUGGACGGGGGAAAUUGCCUCUGAUGGGCGGAGUGCAUGUCCUGCUUUCCUCGAAAGGAGUGUAGAGUGCCGCGAAUCGUUGUUCAAUUCUCUUUCCAGUGCAUUUUGGAGUGCGUUAUGGCUUCCCUACCCAAGCUGCUGUGCGUGUCGUCCCUAGCCGUGGAGAGCCUUUUCCAGAACGACAGGUUUGUAGGCAGUGCUCAGGCGCAUUCGAAAUUUCUUGGCGGUUUUGGCCUUGCUACUGGUUGCUCGGGGUGUUCUGGUAGACCACGGACUAUUUCUUUCCGGGAUGUGUAAGACGUGUGUCGGUUCCCAUUCAUGUGAUACUCCCUGCUCUCCUUCGCAUGGGCCCAACCCUGCCUGGCUUAUGUAGCACGUUGAACUUGCGCGAUAGAAAGUUGAGGUUGUGAAUUCGUUGCGCAUUGUGAGCGAGGCUUGGUUGAGAGUUUCCCUCAUCUUGGUUUGGGGUGUGACUUUCUUGUUAUGGUGACUUCGAGGUAAUGGUUGAGUUCGGAUAAAGGAGAAUUAAUCCUCCGCGUCUUUGGUGUGGCAUACAGUGCUCAGCUCUGUUAAUGGGGGUCGAAGUCAAGAUUUGACUCAACAUGUGCUUGUACAGGCGUCUAUGAUAAGGUCAUUAGUAUUAACAUCAGCAUGAACCAUCAUCGAUUUUGAAUGUUGAAAAGCCGAAAACGUCGACCGUGGACACCGGAUGCCGCAGCUUUGUUCUUGCGACGAACGCGAAGUAUUUACGGCAGUAGUAGUGGAUGCGCGCAUCAAGUGUAAACAUCAAUACUAGGAGCAAGCCACACUGCUGAGACGCACGAUGACUUCCAACCCAUAUUGUUGUGUUCGUAGAAUUCCUGGCGGGUUGAGUAGCGUGAAACAACGCUUCCCCAAACCUCGUCGGCGCUCCGAAACGCCAUGCAUACGCUUGUUCCAGAAAAUCGAGCCAGCAAAUUGCCGAGAGGUUGUCGCGCUCCGAAAAUCUGGAUUUGAGAUUGAAAGGCAGCCGUAGAUGAUUUUCAGGUUGGGCAAGGUUGGGAACAGUUCCCGUAAGGGGUGUGGAGUUUUUUUCAUGGCAAACCCACCAACUGCUGUUAACGGCUGUUGUUGAGGGUACCGCGGGAAAGUCCUUCAUACACAUUGAUUGUUGAUUGAGUUUUGAAAUUUUGUAUGUGGCCAUCUCUUCACUACACAAUCACCUCGGGGUUACAAUCACCGUGGGGUUAAUACGUGGGACUUCUGCUAUAGUCCAGGCUGUUCCUGCUUUCCUUUGCUUCCUUGGUUAAUUAAACGGUUUCCUAUCGCGUAACAUGCGCACGCCAUGCAGUCAGAAUCCAACCCAAACCAGACCCAAGCGCACACACACGCGUACAAGCACCAAAACGGCAUUGC